AUGGAAUUUCAUAUCAACCCCGACGACCUCCCCUCUUUAGCCGGAACCAACUCAGGCAUCGGUCUCGCAACCACACACUUUCUUCUCUCUCGCGGCGCAAAUAUCAUCGCCGGCGACAUACCUGCCUCUCCGCCGCUGUCUUUACCCAGUCCCGGCCCCGGCUCUGAUUCCGCUAUAACAAUCCCUCCACCAGGCACUCUCUUCUAUUUACCCACCAACGUCACCGAAUGGACCAGCAUCCGUGCCCUCUUCGAGCAGGGAUAUCAACAUUUCGGCCACAUCGAUCACGUCUUCGCGAAUGCGGGGAUUCGACCGCAGAGUAAUUUCCUCGAGGAGACGUUCGACGAGGACAGUCUCUUGGCACCGCCCAAUCUAGGAACGGUGGAUGUCAAUCUGGUCGGGGUUGUGUUCACGCUGAGACUGGGCGUAUAUUAUCUGAAGAGGCCGGGUCGGCCCCACUCGCAGUUAGCGUCCGGGGUGGCGCGGUCGAAUGGCGAGAACGAUCUGGAAAGUAAGAUGUCACCGCGGAGCCGGGACGCCCUGCCACAAGGGGGGAAAAGCAUCGUCCUCUCCGCCUCGGGCGCCUCUUUCCGCAACUUCUGCGCCGCGGACUAUGCCACGGCCAAACAUGGCGUCCUGGGCCUGAUGCGUGGGCUGGUGGAGGAUACGAUCUCCCUAGGCGGGGUGCGUGUGAAUGCCGUGGCGCCAUCGUGGACGGAUACAGGGAUGGUGCCGAGGGCGUUUCUGGAGAGAGUCGGGGCGAGGGUGCAGGAUGCAGAGGUUGUGGCGAGAGCGGUGGCCGGGUUAUUUGGUGACGAACCAAGGCACGGCGAGUUGGUUUAUAUCUGGGACGGCCGGUUUUUUGAGAUAAAUUCGUCCGAGGGCGGCAUGUUGGAUGCGGUCCAGGGGAUGUUGCCGGAGAUGAUGUCGGAGGGGGAAGCGAUGAGGCGGCUACGAGUAACCAGCGGCGCGAGAGAAGUGGUAGGGUGA